CAGAGCUCCAUCUCAGUCAAUGACGAUCAUCAAUUGCAUAUCGAUCGCUGACCUUCAACAGUCGCCUGACUUCAUUCUAUAGUUGCAUUCACCAAUAUGGCCGACCACCCUCACACUCCCAACGCUGAAGGGCUAAGACCACGCCUUCCUCCAGCUGUAGCAGCAGACCAAGAAGAGCGCAUGAAAGACCCGUCCUACCAACGCACGCAAGACUACAAGAAGCGCGUAUAUUCACGAUUCAGCCCUGAAAAGCCCAUGAAUAUACGAGAAAACACCGUAAUGCUUCCCGACGGUACGAUACAAGCAACCGGGCCCUCACAAGACGCCAUGAAGAGCAUCACAGCCAUUGACGCCGCCAAAGCCAUACGAAUCGAAGACUUCACAGAAUUUCAUCGCCUGCCAUGUGUAAGAGAAAGUCAACUGCCUGCAAUUGGGGGAGGUGCACUUCUUGGCGCUGCGGCGAAAGUUUUUGGAGCAUCAUUAUGGAAGUCUACAAAUUACGCUAUGGGAACGUGGGUUGUAGUGGGCUUCGGUAUGUAUCAAUAUUGCCAACAUAAUCGACGUGCGGAGAAGGAUGGCGUGAAAAGAGCUGUUGACAUCAUGCGGGAGAAGGCUGAAGAGAGGCGAGAACAAGCCAUGCAAGCCAGGCGGCUGAAGACAGAGCAAGAAGAGGAGCGAAAGCGACGGAAAGAGGAACAAGAGAAAAGGUGGUAUGGUCUUGGGCGCUUCAAAUUUUGGUAAUACAUGCAUCAGUGUGUAUGGAUUGAUCCACGGCAGUCAUUCAUGCAUAGUCAGACAUGAGAUCCGUGAGUGCACAUAUCGCAUACGAGGGCGCUAUGUCUUGCUACACCUUGACACACCAACGCAGCCCCGGUGCAACCGAAACGAACAGAAUGUGAGAUGUGAUGUACCAUAUUUGUGUACUGAGUCUAGGAUGUACAUGCUAUCCCUUGUACCUUGGAGGAUAUACCAAUGCUAUGAGUACAAUUAUACACAGUUAUACCUCCAGACUCUGCACCAUGCAUAUGAUCGCAUCUUUAAAGGCCCUUGAGGAGCCCAGAUUGGAGUCUACGUGAUGCGUUCGAAUGUCACACCGGACGGGAGCCUUCAAUGCAGCGAUUUGGGUGACUUUAACGUCCG